GCAAUUGUUGUAUUGCUCUCUCUGUCACCGCAUCAUUAGAGAGACAAGGAUUUAUCUAUCCUUGUCCUUGAGUUUUCUACUUUUCUCGCAACUGUCGCUGAAGUCAACUCGGAGUUUGGCUCUGGCUCCUACGCACCCUUCACGUUUUGUUAAAAUACGUCGAGUUUAAUUCCUAUAUAAAACAGAACAUGAAAUAUACUUGAAAUUGUUACAUUAAUAAAAUAAAUGUUUUAAGUAAUGAACGUAACGAUGAUAUUUAUAACCUGAAAGUGUCCCACGAUAGUAAACAAAGUUAUUUUCUAUGAGUAGAGAUUAUACCUUUUCAAGUAUUUAUUAUUGAGCGUACUUUAACGAUACUUAAAUACAUGGAUUGUAUUCCAACUUUAAAACGGCCUAUGCCAACCGAUGACGAAGAAGAGUUAUUUCGUAUGCAAGAUGAGUUUUUUAUGAAUAAAGAACAACCGUCUGUAAAAGUAAUUAAUUUACGUGGUUCAACGAAACCCUUUAACACUAUUACUUCUGAUGAAACAGCCAAAAGUCAGACAAAUAGUGGAAAGGUGAGAUCAAGAUUUGCUGAAUUAAAAAAAUUGAAAACACAGAACAAGGUUUGUACUGCACAAACUAGUGGCAAUCUUAUAAAUCCUGUAAUCAAGAAAAAUGUUCAGGAAAAUUUGAAACCACGAUUGCAGGAUUCUAUUCAGAAUAUACCAAUUAUAUCAUCAAAUAUGAUAUUAAGAAAUAUUAUUGAACACAAACAUGACCCGCACAACUAUAAAUUUAAUCAGAAUAAGUUUUCUGCUUUGGGCAAAGGUUUUCCAGAAGUUUUUGUUUCUACACACAUGAAAAAUGACAGUAAACAAAGUUUGUUUUGGCAACAAGUUGCCCCAAAAAAGCAUGUUGUGCAUAAAGAAGAGAGUACUCAAAAUUGUGAAUCUUUGUUAUGUCAGGAAGGUAGUGUUAUUGCAGAAGGAUUAUGGACAACUGAGAUACACCAAGAAAAUUUGGAACGUUUAAAUGAAAUGAGUCUUGAAGAUAUAUUAAAAGAAAAAAAUAAGCUCGAAACAACUCUUAAUCCAGAAUUAAUUCAGUUUUUAAAAGAGAGAAGAAGUAGGAAACAAAAAAAAAAGGAGAAUCCAAAUACAAUUAAAAAAUGUAAUGCUGUAAAUAAUAAUCAAAAUGAUACAUCUAAACAUAAUGAAAAAUUAUCUAAAGAUGAUGUUACACCAAUGCAAGUUGAUAAAUUUGAACAAUUCUCCAAUAGACACAAUGAAGAAAUGCCCAAGGAUAAUGAUACACAGAUGCAAAUAGAUGAAUCUGACAAAACUGUAACAGAACCUUCUAUAGAAUUAAUGAAACAAGCUAAAGAAAAAGGUUGGGUACACAUGGACUCCCUUGAAAUUGAAAAGUUUAAGUGGAUGGAAGAUAUACCAACGCAAAAACUAGACCAACUCAUACCAGAAGAACCAUAUAAUGCUCGUUUUGAUUUUAAUGGAUUAUUAUUACCAUAUAAGGAUGAAAGUGUACCAGUCGAAAAAGGUCUCCAUCAUCAUGGAGAAGAACCUGAACGUCCUGGAUAUUCCUUGCAAGAAUUAUUACAAUUGAGCCGAUCAGCUGCACAACAACAACGUUGCACAGCUCUUACAACAUUGGCAAACAUUAUGGAUAAAAGUCGCAAAGGCUGGUAUGAUAAAGUAUUGCAACCAGCUCCCUUGACUGCAUUGAGUCAAAGAAAUAUCCUACUAUUAUUAAGGUUUUCUUUGGAUGAUACAUCGGUAGCUGUAGUUACAGCUACCUUACAAGCACUUAGAGCUUUCCUGUACAGCGAAGCGGAUGAAAUUUGUUUAGAUAGACUAUAUGGCUUUCAAAAUUACAAAGAACCUGUUAUAACGUCCCCAAAAACUGAUGUUACCGAUACAAGUAAUUUGAAAGAUCAUGAAUUGGCACAAUUAGAUGCAAUAGCUGCAUUAUUAAGAACUGAUAUACUUUUAAGAAUUAGGUACAUUUUGAAUGAAAUGCGUCCACCACCCGUUGGUGUAACAUGCGCAUUAGAAAUAUUAAUUAGGCUUUUAAGACAUUCAACUAUAACUGCAUUAAAUAUUAUGAGUAUACCAAACUUAUUGGAGACGAUAAUUGAAAACUUUAUGCCAUUAUCUACAGAUUCUUUAGCAUUGCCGGAAAAUAUAAAUAAUGUUUAUGGAGUUCCCGUAAUUGCAGCAGUUAAAUUUUAUCGUGUUUUACUUUAUUAUGGAGGAAAAUCUAUUGCCCAAAAGUUAAUUAGACUUAAAAUUGUGCAACGCAUUAUUUCGUACGCUUGCUGCGACGCAGGGACUGGAAAUCUUAAUCUCAGCAUCGAAAGUUUAAGAUUAUGGAAAACUUUACUACUUCAUAGAGAAGCAAUGGAUAGUUUAACUGGAGCACAAUUAAUUCUUUUAUCUCAAUUGCAAAUUUUGUUAAGUAACCAUGACAUUCAAAAUGCGUCUGAAUUAUCUUGCGAAUAUGCAGCAGCAUUAAUUGCUGUUGCUAGUUGUUUACCAUUUUUAAAACCUAAUAUAUCAAUUUUAUUGUUGAAAUGGAGUACACAAUUAUUAACUUUAACUAAUGUUACGUGGGGUAACACGAAACUUAUUGCUGAAACAUUACUAGCGGUCAAUGAUAUGAUUAUAGUUAAAAAAUUGAUGAUAUCUCAAUCAGAGGUGUUUUCUAAACUUCCUUCUUCAUCGAAUUUGUUGAGUGACUGCAAACCAGCUACUGAACGCGAACCUCUUUCUCUACCGCAUCUAGGUGUAUUGACUCAAGAUGGACAAUUACAACCUAUAGUAUCCCAGCAGUCUUGUAUACCCUUUCUUGCAACAGUUUUAAAAGUGUACGUUAGUCAUUAUUUCACAAAUGAAAUUCAGGCAAUUCUCAGUCUUCCACAACUGUGUAAAUAUUUAAAACAACUAGAAAUGGCAGAUUGGUGCUUAGAAAACUCGUGGUACACGAGAUUUGAAUUUUCAUUCUUGACUGCUAUAGUGAAUGCAGCUUCUCUUAUUAAAGAUACGCUUGACAGAAGAACAGCGCAUGUAAUUUGGAAAAUUGCUAUCAAACUUGUAUCAUCCUUACCUGCUGAUUGUUUAUCUGAUAUAAAAAAUAUGCUUAGGAUCGCGAUAUCAGACGAGAGAUUAAGUUUAGGAGUGGUAGCAAAUGAAUUAGAGAAAUUAAACUUGAAUUCAAACGUCGAGGAUAUUAGGCUAAAUUUAACUCGCAAUGUGACUAGUUUAUAUGAGCAAUAUGUAGUAUUGAAUGGAGAAUGGAAUCAAGCGGCAAUGCCUAAAGAUUGGCUUUAUUUGCCAAUAGUAUACAUUUAUACCAAAUGUAGAGAAAGUAGCGGAUGUAACGAUGAAGAUGAAUCUACUAUCUUAACCGUACUGAGUUUAGAAUUAGUAUUACCCGAUUUGGUCGAGAAACUAUCGCAAAGUUUAAGAUUUAGUAGAUUAGUAUUAGUAUAUCUAUGCGAUACAGUAUAUCUAAAUAGCGACGUAUCUCCUUUACUUACUAGAGCUAUUUCAUCUUUAUUGAAAAGUAAUUACAAGAAACUUAAUUUUACGAUAGAUUUACCAGGGCUUAAUUCAUUUACCGAUUUAUUUACUGCUAUGUGCGAACAUUUUUGUUCGACUUCUUACGGUGAUUACGGUUUUUCAAUUACUAUAUUGGCACCAAUUGCACAAAGACAUGAUGUUCAUUAUAGAAAACUACUAUGGUCAGAACAUGCAGGUUUGCUUCGUUACAUUAGAUUACCUUCAGAACGAUUAGUUAUUCCGUUAAAAGAAUAUUUAUAUCCUCUUGAGGAAGACACGUCUUUAAUAGAAAGUUACAUAACUGCUCUUGUUAGGGAAAUUGUCAGAGAAAAUUGGUGUCCAAUUCCUUACGCAAUUGCUGUACAUCACUCUGCAAUGUACUUGAAACAAUCAAGUAAAUUAGCUUUACAAAUGAGAACAAAACUAGGAAAAAUAUCUAAUAAAGAAUUAGCUGCUCUCUUAUUAUAUUAUGAACCACCUACACCAUAACUAAUGAUGAUUAGUAGUGUUUUAAUAAGAAAUUGGAAAUUUCUAAUUUAAUUAAUUUAUAAUAAUUUUAAAUCAUAUCAAGUUACUAUUAAAUGUAUUUUUAUCUUUUUCUGUAAAUAAAAGUAUACAAGAUA